AUGGAGUCCCUCCUCGCAUAUGAGGAAGAGCCCGGUCAAGUGCAAAGGUUUCUUGCUCGCAACUGCCAGAACGCUUCAGGAGGAAUGCCUAGAAAAAUUGCUGACAUUGAAUUCGAAUUUGACGACGAGAUCGGAUUUAACUUCAUAUUUUUUUACAACGCACUGGACAAAGGCGAAUUUGCUGGACAGAUGAUCAAUUGGACUACAUUCUUGAGACUAUGCCUGGUGCUAUCCGAUCAGACACGUCUACCAUGUAGUAAGCCAGCGAAGAUGGUGAUUAGUCAGCGUACUAAUAAUGGAGCCGAUUAUAAGUCCAGAAUACCGAAUGUAUUGCCCAUAGUUGAAGGAGUUGAAGAGACAGAAGUUGGAGAAGAAGACAUUGAUUUUUUCAAAGAGCAUAGACAAUUUGCUGGGUUUCUCAAUACAUUCGACGCAAUUGCUCUGCAUAAAAAUCCAGCAAAGGAAACAAAUGUGCCUAUGAUUCGCUCGACCCAUGAGGAUAACAGGUCGAUUGAUACGACUCCACUCACUUCUGAAGACGAAGAUUAUGAAGUGAAGCAAACUUUUAUGAAUCAUUCAGACGAAGAGCAAGAAUAUGAAAAAGCACCGAGGAAAAUAGGGAAAUCAUGGACGAAAGAGAAUGAAAAGUUACCGAUUAAGCUACCUGAUGGAAAGAUACAGAUUAUCGCGGCAGAUGAAGAGAACGUUGAUAGAAAUGAAUUAGGAGGCCAAGAUUUAGAGCAUGCGUCGACCAUUGAUGACAAAGUUAAUCUCGAAAAACUGUCGAUUGAGCCAAGCAUCAAAGAAAUACCAAAAUCCAAGCUAUCAAAGGAACAAUAUAUAAUUCAAAAAAAGAAGAACUUGCUGAAAUUUCGCAAGCAAUAA